AUGACGACUCCGGCAUGGAAGCAGGCACUCCUUGAGGCCCGGCGCAAGAAGGAGGAAGAAGCACAGGCAGCACAGCAGGAUGAUUCCGCUCAGAAAUACGCCAACUUGCCGGCCUGGAAGCGCGAGAUUCUCUUGAAAAAGGAGAAAAAGAACCAGCAGGAGGAAACUGCCAAUGUAACCGCAGCACCCCAACGCCGUGGCUCUUUUUCCACAGUGGCCCUGCACCGUCAGAGUAGCGGUAGCGUGGAUGGAGGUGCUGCUGCUGACCUUCCCGUGGCCGGUCCCUUGCAAUCGCGCAUCGCCGCUUUGCUAGCCAAAGAUAAAAGCAGCGAUGAGGCAAAUGACGCCCCCACAUCCUCCCGCCGCACUACGGCCCCAGCUUCUGUUUUGAAUCGCUGGAAAGCUGCGACCAGCUCGUCCGUUGAUAAAAACGAUCCUCCACCCAAGGCUGCCCCAUCAAAGCCAAGCCCGGCACCCACCGCAACGACGGCGCCAGCUGCCCCGGCACCCACUCCAGUCGCGAACCCAUCAGCUCCCGCGCCGACUGCCACGUCGGGUCGCUCAGAGCAAACUGCCAGCAAACCUGCCGGUGGCUUGAGUAUCGCUGAACGAAUGGCUCUCUUUCAGAAGAAAGGUCAAAGUGACGCUCAGAGUGACACCUCAACUUCAAACGGUCAAUCCAAUCGCGCUGUUGGUGCAGCACUAGCUGGUUUCCGCGCGCGAGCAACAACAGCGCCCAACCGAUCCGGUGUGUCCGUGGGCCAACAGAUUUUUGGAGCGCCCAAGAAGGCGGAUGUAAGCGAUGACGGUGAGUUGCGGGCUCGUCAAGAGGCUGACCGCAAGGCUAAUGCGGAGGCAGCUGAACUGGCUCGUGCAGCGGCCGCCCGCCGUAAGCAAGAAGAGGCCGAACGACUUGCGAAGGAAGCCAAAUCUGGACCCGCUUCGACCAAUGAAUCAAAUGCAGCAAACACUGAAGCUGAUCGCCAGGCCAAGGAGGAAGCUGAUCGUCAAGCCAAGGAGGAAGCUGAUCGUCAAGCGAAGGAGGAAGCGGAUCGCCAGGCCAAGGAGGAAGCUGAUCGUCAAGCGAAGGAGGAGGCUGAUCGUCAAGCGAAGGAGGAAGCCGAUCGUCGCGCCAAGGAGGAAGCUGAUCGUCAAGCGAAGGAGGAAGCGGAUCGCCAGGCCAAGGCGGAAGCGGAUCGCCAGGCCAAGGCGGAAGCUGAUCGUCAAGCGAAGGAGGAAGCGGAUCGCCAGGCCAAGGAGGAAGCUGAUCGUCAAGCGAAGGAGGAGGCUGAUCGUCAAGCGAAGGAGGAAGCCGAUCGUCGCGCCAAGGAGGAAGCUGAUCGUCAAGCCAAGGAGGAAGCCGACCGCCAGGCUAAGGAGGAAGCCGACCGUCGCGCCAAGGAGGAAGCCGACCGUCGUGCCAAGGAGGAAGCCGACCGCCAGGCUAAGGAGGAAGCCGACCGUCGUGCCAAGGAGGAAGCCGACCGCCAAGCGAAGGAGGAGGCUGACCGCCAAGCCAAGGAGGAAGCCGACCGCCAAGCCAAGGAGGAAGCCGACCGUCGUGCCAAGGAGGAAGCUGAUCGUCGUGCCAAGGAGGAAGCCGACCGCCAGGCCAAGGAGGAAGCUGAUCGUAAAGCACAAGAAGAGGCCGAGAGGUUGGCUUCAUCAACCGAUACGGAUAGCCAGCCAGCACCGCGUCGGCGCAGCUCAAGCAUUCUCAAGUCACGCGAAGCGCCUUCGCGCCGGCUCAAGCUUAGUUGGUCAGACGUAGAAGGCCGUGGUCCAUUGACUAACACGAGGGAGAUUCCUCGGGACGGUUACGAGAGUUAUGAAUCGGAGGAUGGCGCCGCUGCCUUCGAGGAGAGCAGUACCGAUGCGGGAUUGUCGUUGCCUACGCACAACGACGUGUCCUCGGCCUAUCAUUUGCCCGAGGGUAUCGAGGAGCUUGAAGCCGAG